AUGUCGACGAGUGCGAAGACUGCGGGGCCGGCGUCGAAGCCGCACGACUACAAGGCCCACUUUACACGCACGCGAGGCAAGUAUGACACGGCGAUGGAGCGCAACGCGGCGCUGCAAGGUGCUGCGGCGAAGAUGAUCGCCAAGCAGCAGAAGCUGCAGGAGGAGCUAGAUUUCCUUCUCGACGCGAUCCACGACGUCGAGACCAAGGCACGCACGGGCGAUCUCGUCUUUCGACCGAUCGCUAUCCCGCCGCAGCGCGAUGAGCCCGUGACCGCGGCCAAACCCAAAGCUCCUAAGAGGGCGCGCGCCAAACCCCGUCGUCAGCCCCGCGCUUCGACGGCCGCGGUCACCGAGUACUCUGACGAUGAUGUGCCAGCGCAGCCAGAGCACCGGCAGGACGGUGAUGCCGAGGCGGAUCAUACGGACGCCGAUCCAUCGGUGACCAUGCAGCCUAUCGACGACAUGCCCUCAUCGACGCCAGAGCACGACGCCUCCGCCAAGCGACCACGCGACGACGGCGAAUCACCUGACGCACACGUACCUGAUGACGACCACGGCUCGCCGAAGCGGCCGCGUCUGUUUGUAGCCUAG